UUUCUGUGCUUAAUAUUUUAUUAAAUCUAUGGAUAAUUUCAAAUAGGAAAUAGAAAAAACUUGGGUCUUGUUUGAUAAUUCCUUUUGAAUGAUGAUAAGUAAAUCGUAUAGUACAUAAUGAUACACGAAAUAUUAUUUCAAAUAUUCAAUAAACCUAAUUUAACGAAAAAUGAUUUUAUUCAUUAUUCGAAUUUAUUUGAACUUCAAGAAUUUUUACACCCAGCUGAAAAAAAUUUGAUACAGAAAAUUCAGGAAGUGCCCUUUAAAUAUCAUAAAAUCGAAGAGUUCAUUAAAAUAGUCGAUAAUAAAGUAUAUAAGCAAAAGGUAAACAACAGUGAAGACUCUGAAAGUGAAAAUGCAUAUAAGGGGCUUUACAUCAAAGAUUUCGCCUAUGGUAUGCAUAAAGCCUUAGAGCCUUAUAGAAAAGAAGUUGUUGAAUUAGAAAAUAACUACCUUAAAAAUCCACAACUUCCCUUAACAUAUAUUUUAAGCACAGUAGAUAAGUAUGGAGUUCUUUUUGAUGAUUUGAAUUCCAUGAUUGAAGUGAUUAUAGCAGACAAUUUGUAUGGUUGUUUGCUCAUUGGAAGGUUACAAAAAUAUUUGUACAGUGGAAAUGAAAUGACAUCAAAUGCUGCUACUAUUAUAAUCAAGACCAUAAAUAUUACAUUCUUUCAUCAACUAUCAAAUUGGAUAAUUUAUGGUGAAAUAGUUGAUGCUUAUGAUGAAUUUUUUAUUCGAGAUGAAAAUUGUCCAGAUCCAAAUUUUUUAUAUGCAGAGCUUGAUGAUUCAAAUGCAUCUACAAUGAAGAGAAUGAGUGUGAGAAAACCCACAGUUGUGAACAAAUUCUCCAUUAACUGGAAAAUGGUUCCAAUAUUCAUUAAUGAAGAUAUUGUAGAAAGUAUACUGUUCAUGGGAAGAAUAAUCUGGAUAUUGAAAAAUAAUCCCCAAAAAAAAACCGAUGAAUUCAACUUUAUGGACAGUGAACGAGAUUUUUGGGAUGGAAAAGAAAUGGAUUUUUCCACAAAAAUAGAGAGCCUGCAGAACCAGACAUUCAGUGAUUUUGAAUUUGCCCAAAUAAUUGAAGAAUGUCGACUGAAAUUAACAAAGUUCAUGUUAUCGCUAAUGCUUGAAGAGGGAAAUAUAAAAAAGCACUUACACCUAAUAAGAGACUAUUAUGCUUUAGGAAGAGGAGAAUUAUUUCAACAAUUCAUAACAGCUGUGGAAAAUCAUUCUGGAGAUUCUUUGCUGGAUAAAGAUAUUGCCAAUUUAAAUUUUUUGUUUAUAGAAACUGCUAAGAAAUUGUAUGGAGAUUAUGAUACCAGUUAUCAGCAGUUUGAAUUAGUCAUAACAGAGGGGAAUAUGAUAACCUCCAACCUAUGGUCUCGUCUGGAGCUAAAUUUUGAUAUAAAAUGGCCCCUUCACAUUGUUUUCCACCCUAAAGCUAUGGAACUCUACAAGAAGCUGUUCUCUUAUUUACUUAGAUUCAAAAAGACACAAAUGAACCUUCACAGACUUUGGCAAAACCAAGUGUCUGGGAAACAGAAAAUUGACCGUAGGUUAUGGACGUUGAGACAUAAUUUGAUGUUUCUGAUAUAUAAUUUACAUUAUUAUCUACAAGUUGUGGUUGUUGAAUCGAAUUUUUCUAUUUUGGAAAAAGCCAUAAUGAACGCUAACGAAUUGGAAGAUGUCAUUAGGGAACAUCAUAUAUUCAUCAGUAAUCUUUUAUCGAAAACCUUCAUAUUGGACGCUGAUGAGAGUCACAUUUAUAAAAAUAAACACCGAUUGUACCAAGAUCCCGCAGUUCAUAUCAAUGUUCCGAGCAAAAUAUACAGAGUUAUCAUGGCUUUACUAGAGCUUUGUGACGACUUCUCCUUAGUUGCAAAGUCCUGGGACGAAGACCUCACUGAACCUCAAGUACUAGAAUUGGAGGAUUUUCAAAAAAGGGCAAAUACUAUUAUUGAAACUUUAUUAUUCACCUUAUUCAAUCUGAGAAAAAAAGAGAGGGGAGAUCAUCUUUUUCAACUCCUGGAUCAGUUGAAUUUUAAUCAGUAUUUUGUUAAAAAUAAGACAAAUAUAAAUUUAAUGUGAAAAUUUUUCUCAA